AUUUGCUGACAGCACAGGAAUACCACUGCCUGCUGCAGCUGCUCUGCCCUGACUUCCCAAUGGAACUCACUCAGAAGGCAGCAAGGAUUGUGCUGAUGGAUGAUGCUAUGGAUUGCCUGAUGUCUUUUUCUGAUUUCCUCUUUGCUUUCCAGAUCCAGUUCUACUACUCAGAGUUCCUGGAAAGUGUGGCUGCCAUAUAUCAAGAUCUACUGGCUGGUAAGAAUCCAAAUACUGUGAUUGUGCCAACAUCGUUCUCUGGGCAACAUCGGCAGCGCCAACCCCCAAGUGACUGCAGCCCACUCGAUGGGGUAGAGGCAUCUCUCUUCUACCAGUGCCUAGAGUCCUUGUGUGACAGAUCAAAAUACAGCUGUCCACCUUCGGCUCUCGUGAAAGAAAUGUUGAGUAGCGCACAGAGACUGACCUUCUAUGGAUUCCUUAUGGCACUUGCAAAGGAUCAGAGAAUCAACAGAGCCCUAGGGGCUUUGCCAGAUAAAGGAGACUUGUUUCUGGACCCUGCCAUGGAUCAGGAACUUGAGAAAUUGGUAGCUCAGGUUUCAGGGCUUUCUGUCUCCGGUCCCACCAGCUCCAGCGGGGACACAGCUAAUUUGCCUGUCCGUAACUCACCCAGGAUUAACUGUCCCUGGAAACCUCUACACCAUCGACGAAAAAUGGAUGCUGAGAGUGAAGGCUCCAAUGAAGAGACGGACUCCUCUGAAAACUGA